GUUACAAGAAGUUGCUCACUCUCUCUGCUCUGUUGCUGCUGCUGGUUGGGUGUCACCUGUCAGAGUAAUUUCCUCAAUUUCUCCUUUAGUUCCUUCCUCGUCUCAACCGUCGUCUGAUCCUCAGGGUCAAGGGUCAUCACCGCAUAGGUCUCAGGUUUUUCGGUCCAUAUCGCCCGUGAAUCAAGAAGACCCAAGGCUGCUGACCUUCGAAAGACAAAUAACGAACGACUACGUCAAUCAUGUCGGAUACAAAUGGUCCAGGAGGUAGCGGAGAGGGUGUUGUGGGAGGACCCAAAACCCCUCAACAGAUUGCUGCCCAAAGAAGACUUCAGCAGACACAAGCACAAGUCGAUGAGGUUGUGGGCAUUAUGCGAACCAAUGUGGAAAAAGUGUUGGAAAGGGAUCAAAAGCUAUCAGAGCUAGAUGAUAGAGCAGAUGCGUUGCAACAAGGUGCAUCACAAUUUGAACAACAAGCCGGAAAAUUGAAGCGAAAAUUCUGGUUAAAAAACUUGAAAAUGAUGAUUAUAUUGGGAAUCAUUGGUCUCGUGAUAAUCAUCAUUAUCGGCGUUUCCAUUUUCGGUUCUGGGGGUGGUUCGUCCGGCGAUCAUAACGACUCGCCACCUGCAGGAAAACCAGACUCCACACUCAAUUCUGCUGCAACUCCAGACACUUCAGGCUCUGGCUAGCUCCCUUCAUAUGGAAAUAUGGACCUUGUGGAUUUCACAUUUCAAAAAAUGACUUAAUAUCCAAUCCAUAUAUAUUUCAUAUGUGUAUAUAUAGACGCAUACGCAGAGUCGAGAGUAUGUAUUGCUGUAAUUAUUUACUAGAUAUUGAUCCUUUAUAUGUAACAUACGAUAUCCAAUCGGCAAAAUUGCAUCGUCGUCGCGUAAUAUUUCAUUAUAAUAUUUGCUAUCUGACUAUCACACAAAGUCAAAAUUUGAUGUAUAAUUCAAUUGAAAUAUAUUAAUAGCAUUGUAACAACCAA